AUGGCCGAUCCCCCAUUAUCUCCGGGUACCUCACCCCGCAAUUCAUCAUCCACUCCGGCCCUCCGCCGCCGCGGUCUCGGUCUCCCCGCGCGAACCACACUUGAAGCCAUCCCGGACUGGCCUGAGCGCCGAAAUUCCACACUAUCAGACUCUAUCUCAGAGGCCAGACACUCAAUACGGUCUUCUACGGAUGAUUUGUUCCUGCCACGGGUUGCUAGGCAUGAUGAUGGUCCCAUUGCGACGGAAGAGUCCCAUUGGCACUCCGCACCACUGGGCUUGGCGCUAUUACCGGCUAUUGCAGGAGUUUUGUUCAAGAAUGGAAGUGCAUUCGUGACAGAUGUUACUAUAUUGGUUCUGGCGGCGAUAUUUCUCAAUUGGUCUGUUCGAUUACCAUGGGACUGGUAUCGAGCAGCACAGGCAAGUCACCCCGAACGAUCAGGAUACGAACAUACAAACGAGCCCAGCGAAACCAUAAGCGCACCCGAUGAAGCAAUAGAAUCAGGCGACGAGUCACAGUCACAGCCUCAUCCCCAGACUCAACGACGAGCACCCAACGAAGCAGCCCUCAAAGAACUGCAAAUCCACGAACUUGCGGCGCUCGCCUCAUGCUUCAUAUUCCCAGUAAUAGGCACCUGGCUCCUCCACGGUAUACGACACAGUCUCUCCAGACCAUCAGAAGGACUAGUCUCAAACUACAACCUAACCAUCUUCCUGCUCGCAUCGGAGAUCCGACCCUUCGCCCACCUCCUAAGACUCGUUCAAGCACGAACCCUCCACCUUCAACGCAUCGUCGCCUCUUCCCCAGAUGAGCCACGCCAAACCCUAUCAAAGGUUCAAGACCUCACAAAGCGUCUCGAAGAACUAGAAGCCCAUGUCGCAGAAACAGCCUCCCGCUACACAAAAUCAAAAUCACCCUUACCAGAUGGCUCUCAACACGAAGACGCCCCUUCUCUACUUACACAAUCUGUCGUCGAAGCUCGACGAGCUCUAACGCCAGACAUCGAAGCCUUAAACCGUGCUGUACGCCGCUAUGAAAAACGUACCGCUCUAACAACCCUCCAAUCAGAUACACGUUUCCAGCAGCUAGAAGCACAAACUCGCGAUGCGAUAGCACUAGCUGCUGCAGCACAGCGUUCAAGCUUAUCGCGUCGCCCAAGUUAUGCAUUCAUUUUACUUGAUUGGGCAUGUGCGUGCGUGGUUGUUCCCGCUCAACUUGGACUCUCUGUUCUUAAUCUCCCGAGCCGUGUCGCGACAAGUUGUUUUACAGCUGCGAGAAAGAUGGUAGGUCUUCAUCGUGAGGGAGUUCGGAAUACACAGCCUCGUUCGAAAUCUAGUAAGGGGAAAAUGGCACAGACGGCAAGCUCUAAGUUCCAGAGACAAUCUUCUGGUCCUAUGUCGUUUGCGCAGCAGCCUUCUGUUCAAGGGACGGAUGUGAAGGGGGCACCGGCUCGCUAG